CUAGGUGUUUCAGCAGCUGCACUUCUCCCAGAUGUACGGACACUACUCUCUUUCUCCCGCUCCCUAAUUCACGAACUCCCUCCCGCGCCCGUGUCCCGUGUGAACUGACACCAAGCGGACGCACCGAUGGAGCGCUCCCUACGCUCGCAGCAUCCCUAUUUCAUCCCAUUCGAAUUUGAAAUAAUAUAGGAAAGAUUAUCAACACGACCAAGCUGAGCUUGGACUUUUCGAUCACCUUCCACUUUACGUUCUGAAACUUUUUUUUGUUUGUUUUUGUAUUUUUCAUUUCUCCACUCUCGUGUUCACUGAAAUAUACUUAGUGUCCAGACUUCGUGAUGGAUGAGGAUGUCUCUAGCAAGAUGCUUGCAGCUGUCCGGACGCGGCCGCUGCGAGUGAUGCUUAACCAGAAGAAGAUCAAAGCCAGGAGGAAAAGGCGAAAGGAGUUGUUCUGGGGACAGAUGUGCUCGAUGGGGCUACUUCUCUUGGUGGUGUUGGGACUAUCACGAUUUGCGGAACAUUCUGGCUAUGCCCUAUCGAGCUUCUCCCCUGAGGUCAGCGACAAGUGGGAGAGCCGCAGGCUGCUCGAGCACUUCGCCAACGAGACGGAGGAGCCGAGAGCCGAGAGAAACUGCACAAUGCCAGGUAUACAUGAGUUCCCUGAGGAUGUUUUCACCAACCAGGAGCGAAUGGAGGGAGCAGUGGCCCUUCACAUCAUGAGUGCCAUGUACAUGUUUUAUGCCCUGGCCCUGGUGUGUGAUGAUUACUUUGUACCCUCCCUGGAGAAGAUUUGUGAGCGUCUGCACCUUAGUGAGGAUGUUGCUGGAGCCACAUUCAUGGCAGCUGGCAGCUCUGCUCCUGAACUCUUCACCUCUGUGAUAGGAGUGUUUGUCACCAAGGGGGAUGUGGGAGUAGGAACGAUUGUAGGUUCGGCCGUCUUCAACAUCCUCUGCAUCAUUGGAGUGUGCGGGAUAUUUGCUGGGCAGGCGGUUCGCCUCUCCUGCUGGACUCUAAUGAGAGACUCAGUCUACUACACUAUCUCAGUGGCCACUCUCAUCGUGUUCAUCUAUGAUGAAAAGGUGACAUGGUGGGAAUCUCUUGUCCUGAUUCUGAUGUACCUUGUUUACAUUUUAAUAAUGAAGUGUAACUCACGUGUUGUGCACUACUUUGAGCGGAGGAAGAAGAACUCUGCUAACCUUGGUAACGGCACAGCCAGCAACACAGAGCUCGAUGAUGGCUGUGAUGCUACAGCUGUGCUACUCAGAAAAGCCAAUUUCCACAGGACGCCCUCAGUGCUGAUGGUAGACGAGCUGCUGUCUGCGUACCCCCACCAACUUUCCUUCUCUGAGGCUGGCAUGAGAAUCAUGAUUACCAGCCACUUCUCCCCACGCACCCGCCUAACCAUGGCCUCCCGCAUGCUCAUCACAGAGAGGCAGCGUCUGAUAAACAGCCGUUUCAGUAAUGGUGACUCCGAGAUGACGGUGAAGAUUCCCGGGAGGCUUGGCGUGGAGAACGGCCUGGCCGGGGUGGAGCGAGGUCUACACGGACGCAAGGGCGCGUACCGAGACGACUACAGGGGAGGGGCGGAUGCUGGCACCGACACAGAGAAUGAGAAUGAAGACGAGAACAACGAGAAUGAUGAAGAGGAAGAAGAAGAAGAUGAGAAUGAGGGGCCUCUUGUCCCCUUCCGUUGCCCAGCGGGGAAGUGCAGUAAACUGAAGUGGAUGCUGGCGUGGCCUCUGUCUCUGCUGCUGUUCUUCACUGUGCCCAACUGUGCUGAGCCCCGCUGGGAGCGCUGGUUCAUGGUCACCUUCGUCACCUCCACACUCUGGAUCGCCGGCUUCUCCUACAUCAUGGUGUGGAUGGUGACGGUUAUAGGGUUUACCCUGGGUAUCCCAGAUGUCAUCAUGGGCAUCACAUUCUUGGCUGCGGGCACCAGCGUCCCUGACUGUAUGGCAAGCCUUAUAGUGGCACGGCAAGGCUUGGGUGACAUGGCAGUGUCUAAUUCCAUUGGGAGUAAUGUGUUUGAUAUCCUGGUGGGCCUGGGACUGCCCUGGGUCCUACAGACUCUGGCCAUUGACUACGGUUCAAUUGUUCCUCUGAACAGCAAAGGCCUAAUUUUCUCUGUUGGACUGCUGCUGGCGUCUGUGUUCCUCACAGUUUUGGGUGUACAUCUGAAUAAGUGGACCCUGGACAAACGUCUGGGCUUCAUGUGUCUCCUGAUGUAUGCUGUUUUCCUGUGUUUCUCCAUCCUUAUUGAAUUCAACGUCUUUAUAUUCGUCAAUUUGCCUACUUGCAAAUGAGGCCUCUCCUCUUCAUCAGUACCAUUUCUCCUGAUCGGUCCCCUGAGGACUAAGGCAUUGGUUCUCAGUCUGAGGAAGAUUCUUUUGGAAAACUUUAUUCAAUGAUCCUGGAAUUCCUCUCUUUUUUGCAAUGCUGACAGGGCCCUGGGUCAGCAGCUUUGGUCAGUAGAGGAGAAUAGAGCGCAGCAUGGGUCUGUUCCAAGAUAAACCUUCUGGGACAUGAAGGGGAGGUGCUCAGAGAUGACUUCUGCCUGGUUUGACGUGAAAACGCAAAGGUUUUUUGAGUAUUUAUACGGAUAUGGAAAUUCUGAAUUAUUACUGAAAUAAUAUGAAUAUUAUAUCUUAUGUUUUAUGACUACAUUUGUUUUACUAGCUGCUAAACUGGCAGAUGAAAGGCUGGACUGAAGAUAUGGCAUGAUGAACUGAGUUCUUCUUGAGAUGAUAAUCAUCUAAACUAUGAUAAAUAUUAAAAUUUUAAUAAGAUUAUUAAGUUUGAAAAAUUAUUCUGGGACUAGCCAAAAGGAAGCGGUGGCCUGUUCCGUAUGAGUACUGGUACUGGUGGGCCUGACCAUGCGGCUGAAGAUUCCUCUCUUAUCAUGGGCAUUAUCUUUGACAUCUCCUUCAGCCCUUCCUCCCCAGCUACAUCUGGAUUCCAGGGAUAAUGACCAUAUGAUUGCUUUUUUGAGAAGAAUAUAAGCAAAGCAGAGGUUGAAAGGUUGCUAUAUAUGAAUAUUUUAUUUUAGGUUUAUAUUAGAUCAUAAUAUUUAUAACAUAUAAUAAUAAUCUUUCCAACAAGCUCUGGACAGUUUUUAUUUUUCCUUUUUUAUUUUUAAUUGUUUCUUGAAGAUUAUUGGGGAUAUUCAAAUGCAGUUGUACAAGCCUAGAUGUAAACAUUUGGGUCAGAGUUAGAUUAUUUAUAUUUUAAAGUGAGAAUAUGCUGGCCCUGGUACAAGGGAUAUGUAAAAAGAUGUUUACGAAUCAUUUGUUUUGUGUCUAUUACUCUGUAUAUAUUGUGGAAGAGUUUCUUCUAUUUAUUAAUUUAUUGAAACCUAUGUAUGUACAUUAAUUUCCUAUUGCAGUCCUUAAAAAAAGCCACAGCGUUCCCAAAGAGACUAUUUUGGACUUACAGCCAAGCUAUGUCACUUUAUCUUUCAAAGCUUUAUGUGUCAAAUAUUCUUUACUAAAACUUUUUCAGCGUACCAGAGUUUUCCUGCCAUGGCUCGGCUUGAACAGCGUAUGUUCAGCCCAAUGAGUUUACUUUUUUUCUAAACAAAUUGAAAACCCAAGUAGCUGAUUAGCAGGAAUAGUUCUUGUUAAAAUGAAGCUAGUAAAGUUUCUUGAUGGUUACAUUUUAGCAAAACAGUCUAUUCAAGGCAUGUCUAUUGGUUUUAUGUAGAUGUGAAAUUCUGCUCUCUGAGCCUACUCAUAUCACAGUAGCUUUCUAGACUUGAAGGGGUUUUAGAGAGUGCAGCUGAAUAUGAAAGCUAAUAUGUCUGAACUGCUUUCACAAAGCAUAACUUAAGCUAUUUUUAAGUUAUACUUGGAUUGCAAGAUCUUAAAUGAUUUGUCACUACAGUGGAUCUGGCUGAGAUCUGUGGUACAACAUUUGUAUACCUAUGAGCUUUGACAUUGGAUCUACCAUACACUGUCAUCAAAGGUCUCUAAAGAGUUGCCAUGCUGUGGAUUGAGUGGUUGAUCAGAGCCCAUGUAGCAAUGUAACAGGUGUCUCCACAUAAGAAUGAAUCUUAUAAGAACAGAUGUGGUUUACACACCGAGCAAUUCACUUGCUCUUACUGUUCAUAUCUUAAGUAGAAUUCACCUGAUAUAACCUAUCUGUACAACUCAGCAAAGUAUUUUAUCACAAAGCAACUGUACUUUGUAUUGCAAAGUGUUUCAAAAUGUUCAAACUUAGGAUGUGCAUCGAAAAAGAAUUGAUAUCUACACAUUAGCUCAUAAAGCUAAUUAAAUUUGUCAGCUCUUUGUUGAUUUUGAAAAGUGUUUCUUUUCACAUAUUUAGUCACAGUUUCUGCAGAGUCUUCAUUUGUUACUACUAGGGUAGAGAGUAAAGUGUCUUUUUAGCUCCUCUGAAAUCAAGAUUCGCCAUGAUAAUAAAUAUGUUGGUACCUUUAUCACUUUGGAAAUAUCAACGAGGAGAUGUAUUACAUGUAAUUCCCAAAAUUGCAACCAGUAUUAGAUAUAGGAUUGAGCAAUGUACCACUUCUACUUAAUGUAAAGCUUGGUUAAUUCCAAAUAUAAUAUGUUUAAUAUGGAGCUGUUAUUCUUGGAUAAUAAGGGUUGUUUAUCAUUAGUUAGUAGGGUAGCUAAUUUGUUGUUUUGUGGAAAGUUAUAUUUAGAAGAUUAUUUAAAAACUGAGGGAAACAGGAUUCAAGUUAGAGAUCCAGUUGAUUUAUAAUGCAAUAAUAACCAUUAUUAAUGUGUACAUAUUUUCUCUUGUUUGUCUUGAAAAUGACACUAUACACUUUACAGAAGUGAAUAGCUUACUUAAAUAUUUCAGUCAGCAAAGGGCGUGAUUUUUGUUGAGGUACAAUAUAUGUAGAUGAGAGCAUCAACUUUGACAUUCAAAAGCCACACAGCUGGCUCGUAAUAAAUUAUAAUAAUGCCACAGUAUUCAAAGUGUCUCACUAACACUGCUUGCAUUCUCAUAGAGACAGGCUACUAGUAACAGCCAGUGACUGCAUUCAUAUUUUUCGGUACAUUACCUCGAUAAGGACAAAUUUCUGUUGCGACCGAUGUUUAGUGGCCAGUUUCAAUUCAAGUUAAUGAAAUUGUUUUCAGUAGGGUACUGUGCUCCUGUUUUUCUGUGUGCACAAUGAUCACACCAACCAUAAGGAAGGGCAAGCACAAGUUAUUAGCCCCCACUUAUGGGUAGAACCUUUUGCCACAUAGAUGCCACUGAGAUGCUAGUGUAUCUGCUAGUGUCCUGCUAAUUUGCCACAUAGAUGCCACUGAAAUGCUAGUGUAUCUGCUAGUGUCCUGUUAAUUUGCCACAUAGAUGCCACUGAAAUGCUAGUGUAUCUGCUACUGUUCUUUAAUGGAUGAGAACAUUUUUGAAAACACAAAUGUGAUAUAAAAGGGUGAUGCAUUGCUGAUGUACAUAUAUACAUACAUGUAAAUGUAUUUAUAUUUUUUGUCUUAACCUGUAUAUCUGUUGACUAUAUUUUCAUAGAUACUGUAUGAUGUUUGGAUCCUUUAUUCAUUUUCAUUGUGCUUUGAUUAAAAUGCCCUUGGGUUUAUUCAUUCGCAUGAGGAGUUUGAUAUAAGAAAUUACUUAUGUUUGUUAUUAUAUAAUGGUGGACACUGAGGAAACAGCUGUGGAAUUAGACCUCCUAGAUCAUUGCAUGUUCUUUUCAGGGAAAUACUGCUGGAUCUUUGAUUCUUCAAUGAUGGUAACAGUAAAUGUUUAAGUCAGCAUAAAUGGUUCGCUAUACAUUGCAGAAAACAUGAGAAAGUGAUUUGCUUUAUGUACUGAAGUAUUUUGUUGGUGUUAAAGUGUAUUUCAGAGUACAUUUUUGCUACUCAAGCAUAAAUAAAAUGAUCUUUGCUAAGGCCAAAGA